GGCGUAGUGAUGGUUAAAGGGCUCUUUGUUUUGGCUUCGCAGUGGCUAGCAGUUCGAGAACAAGAAACAAUGCAAGGACUUAGUUUUCGACUUGCAGUUGCAGUAGUGCUUCAAAGGCCUUUUGCUGCAGAA